AUAAACAAAAAGGAAGGAAGCCUACGGCCAUACAAUCGCGGCAAAAUCGGUUCAAAAAAUUUAGCUUUCAAGCUACCGUUGCUUAAUACAUGUUUGCUUAGAUAGUCAACAUUGGGCGUUCACAAUCAUGGACGAAGGAAUUAUAUUUCGUAUGAGUGCAUUUUCAGAGCAAGGGGGGAGGAAAUACAUGGAGGAUGUUGUCGAGAUACGAAUCGAGUACGAGCCGACGCAGUCGCCGUCGCCAGCCGAAGAUUAUCCAAAGUCGCAGGGACAUGGAGGACAGGGAAAAACGGAGAGUGAAGCCACAAAACAGACUGAAAAUGAGAAACACGGUCAUAGCGGGGCUGCCGAGUCUGGCCCGGCUUCUGCAAUGUGGGUAGAGAGUCUAGCAAACGAGGACAGUGGCAACAACAGUGCACCGGCAUCAGAGGAGAAAAUCGCAGGGCAUGCAGUCGACACUCGGAAGUCUGUGGCGUUUUUCGCUGUUUUCGAUGGCCACGGGGGUCGAGAAGCUGCGCAUUUCGCCAGAGAGAAUCUGUGGGAUUUAUUGAAGAGGCAGCGGGGCUUUUGGUCCAAGGAUCACAGUGAAGUGUGUGCUGCUCUUAAGAAAGGAUUCAUCGCCUGUCACCAUGCAAUGUGGAAAGAGCUACCGGAGUGGCCAAAGACGAUCACUGGCCUGCCCAGUACAUCGGGCACCACAGCCAGCGUGAUUGUGAUCCGCGGAGUUCACAUGUAUGUUGCCCAUGUAGGAGACUCAGCCGUAGUGGUUGGAGUGCAAGAAAAUGACUCUGAUAUCAGGCUCCAGGCACUUGAAAUAACACAAGACCAUAAACCAGAACUUCCCAAAGAAAAGGAAAGGAUUGAACGACUGGGUGGCAGUGUAAUGAAGAAAUCCGGGGUGAACCGUGUCGUGUGGAAGAGGCCCCGGCUCACUCAUAAUGGCCCUGUGAGGAGGAGUACAGUCAUAGACCAGAUACCAUUCCUGGCUGUGGCCCGAUCUCUCGGUGAUCUGUGGAGCUACGAUUUCUACAGUGGGGAGUUUGUGGUUUCCCCCGAGCCCGACACCACUGUGAUGACCCUUGACCCCAGUCGGCAUCGCUACAUCAUCCUCGGCAGUGAUGGACUGUGGAAUAUGAUGCCACCCAAAAAUGCUGUCAAUAUGUGUUAUAGCCACGAUAAAAUGGUGGGACCAAAGGGAAUGUCUUGCGCCCGUCGAUUGGGAUGCACAGCCCUGCUGUUUUGGAAAGAACGCAUGCUCCGUGCAGACAAUACAACAGUUAUCGUUCUGGCGCUACAGGAGCGUGGAGGCCCACAGAUCCCUAUGCACCGAGAUGAGAUUGUUGUCGACAUGUCUACAGGAAUUGACCAUGUUCCAUUCCCAGGAACUACUUAUAACACAUGUGCUGUCCCAAAGCAGAGCGAUGCAGUGAAUGCUUCCUCACCAUUCAAAGACAGUUCCACAGCUCUGGAGCAGGCAUUUGGGCUGUAUGAGGCGGCCUCCUGUGCCACCGCACAGCUCCUACCUGACGAUGACUCCAUGAGGGCCACAUUGCCGCCCUCAGACAGUUCGGUGAAUGUUUUCGAAAAGCAAGACUCGACAACCCAAAUGGACUGCGCCACUCCUGCUCCUCCGUUAAAAAGGUCUCGCCGUUCUCCGCACAUCCCGCCUGAACUUAGAGGUCCUCCCAGUCGGCUCAGCUUGUCCUCCAACAAAACUGUCCCCAGGAAGAUGCCUCAUAGCAACGUGCCCAGCGAAUCCCGGCAAACUCGCGCUCAAAAGAGAGGUUCCUCUGAGGAAAGCGGUAUCCUACCACAGCACCACAACGCUGCCUUGUGCGUGUGUUGAAUCUUGUCUCACAGAAACAGUGUUUUCGCCCUGAGGCUAGAAGGAUAUGCGCAUUGUGUCAACUUUGCUCAUGAAUCAGGUUUGCCACAGGCCUAUUCCUAAAUGUAUACUUUUUAUACAAAGUAUUUGUUUUUGUAAAUAUGUGACAGAUUUUAGAUUGUAAAUGUGUUGCUGUUUUAACCUCUUGCAUUUCCUUCCUGCCCCCUCUUUAAAUUUUAGUCCAUGGUAAUUUAAAAUUUUAGAUCCAUUCAAUCAACACAAUCUAUUUUCAUACUUAGAAGUAUGUAUAGUAUAUCCAAACAAUGUAUUUUGAAGAAGAUGGAUCGCUACAGUCUGAGAUAACAUUGGUUCAAAAUUGUGACACAUGCAAUCUUGCAAUUUUCCUCAAAUUAAUUCCCUAGUUUUGAUCUUUUUACUUGUUGGAUGCUAUAAAAAAAACAGCCUUUCCUUUAUUGAGGUCAAAACCUCAGACCAGUUGUUUGGAAUCUUUCCUCUUGGAUGAAACAUGUUACCAUGCCAUUGUUUAUGCUUUCUUCUGUUGUUUAAUCAGGUGCAAUAGAAGCCCCUGGCAGUGGCAACAGUGUUGCAUGCAAAAUAAUGGAACAUUUUCACAAGCAGCAGUCUGAGGUAAUAAUGGUGGUACUGACUUUUAAGUUUUUAUUAUUUGUUAUGUGUCUUUAACAGUGGCUAAUUAUACUGUCAUGAUCACAACUGCUUCUUAGCUAAUUUAUGUAUCUUAAGCAAAGCUUGUGAGGAGGUAGCUUAAAGGGUUAAUUUUCUCAAAUCACAAAAAAACAUUCUCAUUCUCAAAAACAUAUUAUCUUGUUUACUCUAGUUGUAUCUAUUCAUAUACAACCCCAAUUCUAAAACAGUUGGAACACUGUAAAACAUGAAUGAAAAUUAAAUGUACUGAUUUGUAAAUCUCUUUUGAUCUAUUUUCAUUUGAAUACAGUUCAAAGACACAAUAUUCAGAGUACAAACUUAAACUGCAUUGUUUUUUGUUAAUAUACACUCAGCCAUGUUGUUGUAACACAUCUAGAAUGUGGCUUGCUGGAAAAAGCAGGGACUCUCCUGAUAAGACAGCACCUUGAUGGCAGCAUAUGUUGCUCCAAAACCUGUUUGUGACUUUCACCAUUCAUGGUGCCUUCAGAAGUUACCACUGCUAUUGGCUUUAACACACCCCCAUACCAUCAAAGAUGGAUGUUGGCUUUUGAAUGAUGCACUGAUAAGAAUCUGGAUGGUCCUUUCCCUCUGUGGCCCAAAGGACACAACAUGCAUGAUUUCAAAAAACAAUUUUCAAAUGUGGACUCAUCAGAACACAGCACACUUUUCUUUUAAUGCAGUACAAUCUGAAAAAAAGUUUAUCAAUCGGAACACAAAAUGUUGUGGCUAUGUACCGCAUCCAGUCAUAUUAAGCUAAAAAAAAUACUAUUGCGAAUUAAUGCAUUCUCUUUUUCAUCUACUUUGUAUACAGCAUCUCACUGUUUUUGAAAUUGUAGUUGUAGAUACUGUUGUGUGAUUUUAUUGAAUUGACCCUUUGAAGGUACCCUGGGUGAUGUUUUUUUCAUUGUUCAUAUUGAUCCAUUCCAUGCAUGUCAAUUUAUGAUUUGGCCAGUGGGUAUUGGUACUGUGUGGGAUGCUGAUGUAAAAGCUAAGGUCAAUACCUGUGCCUCACUGGAAGGUGGUUAAAAGUGUGCUUUGCCCUGUUUGCCCUUCUGCUUUGUUGUCAUGUAUUUUUGUGUGUUGUUUGCUCCCAUAACUUGUGUUUUAAACUGCACUUAAAACACCUUAUGGUACGAAUGCAGGAAGUGCCCGAUUCAUGGUAUAUAAUAAUUUAUAAAGUGAUCCAAUUUGUGUUAAUAUGGCAGCUCAAUUCCUGUUCUAGCUGAUUUCUUUGCCUUCGUUGUGCAUGAAAGUGUCAUGGUUGCCUUAGCACAAAUGAGUCAGAGGUGCUUUUCACAGGUUUUCCUAUUUGGGACUCAAACGGGUGAGAAUCUCCGGGAUAUGUCAAUGUGAGUAUGGCUGUGGCGGAGCUUCAACUGUUUAUCAUGCACCUUCAGUUCUACACAAAUGUAAUUUUACCAUCCACACUACAGCUUACUGAAUCAUCUAAACCUGGUUCACAUUUUUUUUUAGUUCUGUUAUAGAGCAGUUUGUUGGUUGUACAGUUCGUCAAUAUGCAAUAGAAGUUUGUACAGUACAUUAUUAUGCAAAGUUAUCUGGUUUUUCAGGAGUCUGGCAUGCUCAGAUCUAAUCUGUAUGUUGUAAAGUGUCCUGAGGUAAUGGAUGUUAAUGGGCAUGUGUUUUUGUUUUUUAUUUUUUUGAAAAUAACAAUACUUGGGUCUGGCUUCAUAUCCACUGCAGCCAGUUUUCAGGACUAAUUGUAUAAGCUACAUGCUUUGAAAGUGACUGGAUCUACAGUGUCUGUGUGGUGUAAUAAAGUUCUCAUUUUCCAA